CGCCUGUCGCUCAGGCCGCACCGUCCCGUCGCUCGGGCCGACGUUGCGCCGCCAGCCAUCCAGCGUCGCCCCUCACCUACAGCGCCGCCAGCGUCGUCCCUCACAAGCGCGGGCGCCGCCGCCGCUGCACAAUCCCACGUCGCCCGUCGCCCUUUGCCCUUUGCCUGUCGACCCAGCUCUGUCUGCCUCCGCCCCUCAAUUGAUCCUGCCGCCGCCAUGCGCGAGCCCGCCCGGCUUCUCUGCAUCGCCUUCCGACAUCACAUCCCCUGCACUGCUGUCUUGCCGGCCGGCCGCCCCUUGGUCUCCUGGUCGACAUCAUCGACAUCUCUGAUUGUUGUUACCGUGGUGGAUGACAGUUCUUCAGUUUCGUUAGUUUCAGUUCAUCACCACGAGUUCUAACCCAAAGCAAAUCGAUCCUGUUUCCUGUGACAAACGAUCCAUAAUCCAGUUUGUUGUUUGCUUGACCACUGCCCAGCAUACCCAAUAACAAUUCUUACGAGAAACUAACGCCCCAGUUUCAUGUCUUUUUACAGUCUGUUGUUUUAGUUUUCAGAACACGGGCCCGUGUUUUCAGUUCCAGAAUCUGGCACUCCAUCCUUUGUUUUCAGAAGACACGCACCCACACGGCGCCAGAACAAACGCUGCAUACCUGCAAACGAAUUGGAGACUGCAAAAUCAAGCCAGAGCCAACUCACAAGUCAUUUCCCUUACCUCAUGGACCACUUGGCCGGUGUCUAGGUUUCCGACGCUGCCAAGCCACCUCUUCGACAACCCCGUUGGACGGCACACUCGCCAGAUGUUUCCGGCGUCGUGACGUAUGUCGGCCCAGCUGAGGCUGAUUUUUGUGCCCCUAGCGGCAUGAGGGAGAUCGCUAUAGUUGAUAGCGGACACAACACAAUCUUCCUGCGUUUUUUUGGUGAGUUUGCUUAUCUACUCGGCGAUCAGCUGUUAUCUGCAGAACAGAACAAUGUAGUUGUUGUGGCCUCCAACAUGGAGGUUGUUCAUCAAUCAAAGUCUCUUGAUAACACCAGUGCCACCACUGUCACAUUUGGGCCAUGCGCAAAAUGCUCUCGGUUUAAUGUUCUCGAAGGUGUUAGGCAACACGUCCGUGCUGAGACAUCAAUCCGGGAGCACGUGAAAAAAUUGGUCUUAUACAGAAGGGACAUAUAUGAGGGUCAGAUCGAUGUCACUGAAGAACCUCCAUCUAAGACAUCAAAGCUUAAUAAUGGUGGAUCUAAUCGUUCCUCUGUAAAGGAUCUAUUUGGUUACAUGACCCAGGGCGUAAAGAGAUCGACUAUGAUGGAUGAGCUAGAUUAGCUCGAGAGUUCAAAAUAAUAAUAAUAAAUAAAAAGUAGAAUGCUCUAUCUUCGUUUAGGGAUGGCCUGUUUAAUACAGGCUUCAAGUAUCAUGUGUGCUGAAACAAUGUUUAUUUUCCGUGGUUUGAUGAUUUUGUUACUUUGAAGUUACAAUUUUUUAAUGCUAUUAUACUUCCCUG